CUAUCUUUAACGAUCACCGGAAAAUGAGUUCCCGCCGAGGAAUACCCUUCACCUUUGUUCUCUUCUUUUGCCUUAUAAUUUCGUCUCGCUCUCUUAGUUCUAACUAUAGUUUUGGAAAGAAACACAAAAUCAAAGGACCCAUUAAAACUUUAGUUAUCCUCGUCAUGGAAAAUCGUUCCUUUGACCAUCUUUUGGGUUGGCUCAAAUCGACCCGACCGGACAUCGACGGUCUCACUGGAUCCGAGUCAAACCCAGUCAACGUCACCGAUCCCAACUCCCUCAAUAUCUCUGUCUCCGAUGAUGCUCUCUUCGUAGAUUCGGACCCUGGCCACUCUUUCCAAGCUAUCUGAGAACAGAUUUUCGGUUCGAACGAUAGCUCGGCUAUCCGGGCUCCGAUGAACGGCUUCGUCCAACAAGCGGAGAGCAUGGGUGACGGAAUGGGCAAAACCGUGAUGAGCGGAUUUAAACCGAGUCGGUUACCGGUUUACACGAAGUUAGCGAACGAGUUCGGCAUUUUCGACCGGUGGUUUGCUUCAGUUCCUGCUUCGACUCAACCGAACCGAUUUUAUGUCCAUUCAGCGACGUCGUUUGGGGCCACGAGUAACGUCAAGAAAGACCUUAUUCACGGUUUCCCUCAAAAAACGAUUUUCGAUUCGUUGGACGAAAAUGGCCUCAGCUUCGGCAUUUAUUACCAAAACAUCCCGGCCACCCUUUUCUACAAAAGCCUAAGAAAACUAAAGUUCGUGACCAAAUUCCACAGUUACGCUUUGAAGUUUCGGCUCCAUGCUCGGCUCGGACAGCUACCGAAUUACGUGGUUGUAGAGCAACACUACUUCGAUGUGGAAGCGUUUCCGGCGAACGACGAUCACCCGUCGCAUGACGUGGCGCGUGGGCAGAGGUUGGUGAAGGAGGUGUACGAGAUACUAAGAGGUAGUCCGCAGUGGAAAGAGACGGCUCUUUUGAUUACGUACGAUGAGCACGGGGGUUUUUAUGAUCACGUGCCGACUCCGGUAUCCGGUGUUCCUAACCUGGACGGCAUCGUGGGGCCCGACCCGUUUUAUUUCAAGUUUAAUAGGUUGGGAGUUAGGGUCCCUACUAUCUUGGUCUCUCCCUGGAUUGAUAAGGCCACUGUAAUCCAUGAGCCAGCUGGGCCAACACCAGAUUCACAAUUCGAGCAUUCUUCCAUCCCUGCAACAGUGAAGAGGCUUUUCAACUUGAAUUCGAAUUUCCUGACAAAGAGGGAUGCAUGGGCUGGUACAUUCGAGAAUUAUUUUAACCUGCGAAGUACACCACGUGAUGACUGUCCAGAAAGUCUUCCCGAGGUGAAGACAUCAUUGAGGCCAUGGGGUCCAAAAGAGGAUGCUAGCCUCUCAGAAUUCCAAGUUGAACUCGUCCAGCUUGCAUCACAGCUCAAUGGCGAUUAUGUCCUCAGUACUUACCCAUUUAUUGGCAGAAGCAUGAGAGUAGGUGAAGCCAACAGAUAUGUAGAGGAUGCGGUCAAGAGGUUCCUGGAAGCUGGAAAGGCUGCUCUAAGAGCUGGAGCUAAUGAAUCUGCAAUUGUAACAAUGCGGCCUUCCCUUAGCAGUCGAGUUAAGGUAGAUCGGAGCAGCUAUGUGGAAUCCUAUUAGUCCUUUAUAUAAUUGCCCACUGUAAAUAGAAAUUAUACCCUUUCCCUGUACAUAUUAAUAUCUAUUACGAGUUAAUAUCAUUGACAAAGGUCAAGUCUACUUGAUUAUGUAAUACAUAACCUUAUAAAAAUACAUGCCUUUUGUUUACCAAAUGUUCCUUGAUGAGACUUCUAUGGUUAAAUAC